CUUUAUCAUGUGAAUCACAUGAUGGAAUGAAAAAUGCGCAUACCUGUUUAAGUCAGCCACUAUAAAGGUGAUCAAGAUAUUUAUAUAAAUUGUGCAGCUGUGCUAAGUUAUUUUGCUCUUCACCGUACUUUAAACCUUUUAUGAUGGGAACGGAAAGGUAUGAAGCGUAUUUACAUCAUUUGAGAUACAUGUCAUCAAGUGCUUCAAAAUUUUCUUUGGACCUCUUUCAACAUGUCGUUUCACACAAUCCCCAUAGCAACCUGUUCAUGUCGCCUAGCAUCAUUUUUGUUGCCAUGACGAUGGUUCAAAUUGGAGCAAGAAAUGAAACCAGAAACCAAAUGAUUUCUACUCUUCAAUUUCGAUCCAAAGAUCAACAGUCAAUACUUGAUGCUGCUAGUAGUUUUGCUUACCGGUUGAAUAAAAGGAGCGAUCAUGGCAUACUGAGAAGCGCUAAUAGACUCUAUCCGAUCAGUGGUAAAGGCAUUUUGGGCGAUUAUAGAAAAGCUGUAGUCGAACAUUUUGCCUCAGAUGUCAAACAUGUGUGCUUCAUUUCCAACCCAGAGGGAAGCAGACAAGAAAUAAACAAAUGGGUAGAGGAAGUCACAAAUGAAAAGAUAAAAAACCUUCUGCCUAGCGGAUCUAUUAAUGCACUCACAAGAAUGGUAGUUGCAAAUGCUAUCUAUUUCAAAGGACACUGGAUGACACAGUUUCAGCCACAGAGUACAACACAAACUGAUUUUCAUACAUUGGACGGAAAGUCUUUGAAGAUAGACAUGAUGAAACGAGAAAUGAAGAAAGUGCGAUAUAGCAAGAAUGCAGCUUUGGAUUGUAAGGUUUUACAACUGCCUUACAUUGGUAAUGAAAUGUAUCUCAUUGAGAGUGAAAUGGCUAUGAUAGUUUUACUUCCAAACACCGUCACUGGAUUGCUGGAAAUGGAGAAAAAGAUAAACGUCCAAAACAUGAACCAAUGUAUCGAAGAUGUUUUCUCACCAACUGUUAUAGUUUCCAUUCCGAAAUUCAAGCUUGAGAGUUCAUUCCAGCUUUCAGAUACAUUAUCUGCUCUCGGAAUGCCGGACGUGUUUAAUCAAAACAAAGCUGACCUCUCUGGAAUGGGGACGGACUUGUUUGUUUCUCAGGUGUUCCACAAGGCGUGUGUGGAUGUAAACGAAGAAGGUAUAGAGGAAGCAGCUGCAACUGCUGCAACCAUGCCAGCUCCUCCACGGACGUUUAUACAGACGUUUACGGCUGAUCACCCGUUCAUGUUUUUGAUUUGGAACUAUGAGAUGAUGGCGCCACUGUUUGUUGGUCGCUUUACUGGACUCGAAACUAAAGCUGCUCAGACACGAGACGAACUCUAGGUUGGAUGUGUUUAGCAUAAAGACGUCGUUGAUAAAUACAGUGCGCUAAUAUUGACCAUAGCCUGUUCACCCCAAUUUGAUCAUUAGUGCGGUUAAGUUUGUCAAUCGAACGUAUGUCUUUUCAUUGUUAUUUAUUAUAGCCUGUGUGUGUAUGUAACAUUUUAAGCAGUUCAUGGAAAACUAGUGUUAAAGAUUAAAUGCGUUUACUGUGGUACCAAGGUUGUAUUGGAACUUGAAUGCCAAAACUGGCGAUGUCUGCAUCGAGAUCUUUUUAUCGCAAUUUUCGGAUGAGAACAUAUUUACCUUUGAGUUGAUGUCAUGCUUGCGCAAUCUGAAACACCGGAACGGCAAAACAAUGCACUGAAAAUUGGACGUUUGAAGUCGUAUGCACGAGAGGAGCAGCCUGUAUUACAGACGUGGUCACAUAAUAGCAAAUUAGUGUUAUGGUCCGUUUUAUUAAAGGCCAUUAUCAAUUUGUUUGUCCGGAAAAGUAAAUAAGAACUAUGUAUGUACACUAAAGAAAGUAUUUUGUGGAAUUGAAAUAAGUGCCAAAGUCGUCCGAGUGUUUGUAUUAGCAUAAAAAGAAGUACAGUUACAUGCUUGAUACAGAAAAAGUAUAACGAAAGGAUUCAUAGUCGAAAUAGAUGCUUUGCGUUUCUUCACUGCAACAGUUUAAUUACCUCCCUUGGUUUUAAAUUUGCCACGUAAACAAUAUAAAAUUGUGACUUGUAAUUCAUAAAGUAAGUUAAUUGUAUGGCUAAAAAUAAUGUAUUAAGCAUUUAAAGAGUAUUUGAUAUUUAAGGAAUGUUUCUAGUAAAAUCCUGCGUAUAUAUUCGGCUUGUUUUUGUGUUAGUGAAGGAGAAAUGCUGAUCGGUAAUCUCCGUAGAGUGCGGAGGGCAAUUGGAAACGUCGGUAGUUUCCGUUGGCUAGGUGGCGCUCUGUUCGUCAGUAUAUAAAGACGCGCAGAUCGGCAAGUUAGGCAGUUCUCAUGUGUAUACGAACGGAUCAACAUCUGAAGAAAAUGGACGUUACUCUAAAAGAACAGUGCUCUGAAGCAUUUGGGUGUUUACGUUGACUUAGAACGGUGCUGCCCGGGCUGCAGAGUUCCUGUUUCUUGUAGAGGGUCUUCAGAGUGUUGGAGUCUACGGACGUCGUACAAGGCAGUGACGGAAGCUUCACCUAAGGCCUUGGGGUGACGAAGAGCCAGUGGCUUCGCGGAAGCCAGUAGCCUUACGGAGGCGGAAGCCAGUAGCUUCACGGAGGCAAAAGCCGGUAGCUUCACGGAACCGGUAGCUUCACUGAGGGAUUGGUGAAGGGUUGCGGCUUUAAUAAGCUGAGAGUAAUAGAAAGCCAGAGGGUUCGUUGAAGGCGUCGGUCCCCUCUUUGGUCGCAUUGUAUAUAUCUGAAGCGACUCGAUUAUUUUAAGUUUAUAAUCAGAAGGCAGGUAGCCUAAGGAACAUAAUAAAUUACACUGUUUAUUGAACUCAAUAAAAUAGUUAGCCUUCCGAGGACUUCGAAAGGCACAUCGUGUGUUUGAGGUCGCGCACACAGCGCUCGGUUGCGGCCUCAGGAAGUCGGCCGGCUCGCGCUACAAAAGAAAACGCUAGUAGCGGAUGCCAAUUCUUGUAAUUGAAUGUUGAAUACAUUUUGUAUUUUGGGGCAGAAAAAAGGUUUAUAAUAAAAUAUUUUAAUAUAUUAGACAAACGCCCACGAAUAUGCACGUUCCAGAGACGAAACAUAUUUAAUCUUCGUAUUCAUUAACUUGCAUUUUGAUUGGAAUCAGGUGAAUGAUUUCGCAUUAUACACUAAGUCUCUAUGGCGUGUAUGUUGUAAUGUAUAUUAUUUAUUAUUAAACAUUAUCAGCAUGAUUGUGAUUGUGUGAGCAAUUUGGAUAAUGCAACAUUUUUAAAUGUGUUGUAACGGAUGCAAUUAAAUGUCAUAUGAUAUUCCACCUUUAACGCAAAGAAAAAAAAAUUAAAAUCAAGUGUUCUCGUGGUGUACUAAGUUAAAAAAGGAGACAAUGUUUAACAAAGUGUGAUUUUCAUGAUCUUUAUUCUUAUUUUAUUUUGCGAUAUGUUUUAUUUACUUAAAAUAUUAUAUUGGAUAUUUGCACAUAUAA